GCCCACCCUUCAUCACUUCCUAUGUAUUUUUGCUAAGAAGUGGCGCAACAAACUCCCCAGCAACACAUGUCUAUCUGUUAGACUGGGUUUAUGAGCGUGGAAAGCCAUAAAAAAAAAACUUGUUACCUACGUAGUAUAUAGAGUUCCUUAACGCUCUGUUCGAUGGAUAGAUAAAAACCCCUUAGGUAGUAGGUAUGAUUACAUAUUUUAAUUAACUUAAUAUGCAAUUAAGGGUGUAUCCAAUGAGUAAUUGAAAUUAUUUAUACCUGAUAUAUAAGGUAACUAGCCUUUGCCGCGUGGAAUAGUGGCAUCAUGCAGAUUUUUGGUUUGAACAAUAGAUGGCGCAGUAUAUCCGGAAAAAAUGAAUUUUUUAUUUAUAUUUUUUUGUAAUAUAAACUAUUCUAUGUCCUUCUCCUGGCUCUAAACUACCUCCCUGCCAGUUUUCAGCUAAAUCGGUUCAGCUGUUUUUGAGUUACACAUAAGUGGAGUAACUAACACGACUUUCUUUAAAUAUAGAUAAGACCAUACUUUGGUGCCAAUAUUUUUUGACAUGAGUUGUUAGUUAUGAGAUGUUAUGAGUAGAUUCGUAUGUACGAUAUGGUUACCGGAAAGUUACCAAGCACCGUGCGUAUUAGCUAAGUACCUACUUAGAUAUGUGCAUUAGCUGCACUGAACUCAGUUGGCUUUAAAACUGAUUGUUGCAAAGACCUAAUCAAGCACUUAGUCAUAGUCUAAUAAAUAUGUAUUGUUUCCGAGGUGAGUAGGGUAGGUACCUAUUUGAUGCCGGCUGAAUUUUCUCCAUAUUAAUUUCGAUUGUAAUGUUGAAAUAUUUGUUAGAAUUAGCAGUAGUGUUGUCGCUGUGUGCGUGUGGAGCGCUAGCGGGUGCGGUAUGCCUGGCGGGGGACUUCGCCGCGCAGGUGCGGCAGCUGACGGGCUCCCCGAUGACGUCACAGCACCCGAGCGUCACGCGACUGCUGGACGACCUGCGAGGCACGUUGAACAGGAGGUGGAAAGAAUUUGAUAUGACUGUCUAUGGAUCCAUUCCCAUCGGGCUGAGCAUGAAGUUGAGUGAUGUAGAUUGCUACGUCCGAAUACCGAACUACAACAUCACCGAGCAUCGACACGUUGUAGAGCAGGCCGUGGACUUGCUGCGCCAACAGCCGAACCUCUACUCAGAUGUGCGUCUUGUGGACGUUACAGACAAUGAGAAGGAUGUAUAUUUCACUUUCUGGCACAUUCCCACACAAAGAACUGGUGAGAUUGUUUUCACCCAGACUGGUGCUGUAGAAAAUAGUAACUUGUUAAGUUACCUUUUCCGUCUGGACAAACUGAACCUGCCGCUGGGUAGAAUCAUAAAGUAUUGGAGUACUGUGCACGAGCUCAAAGCUUUGGAAACGAUGGAUAAACUGCCUAGUUAUGCGUGGUACAUAAUGACAGUGUUUUAUCUGCAGCAAAAAGGACUAGCGCCCUCUGUGUACGAACUGCAGAGACGCACAGACAGCAACACCCUCGACUGGGACAUGAGCUUCCAGCCGAUCCCUUUCCCGGUGAGGAACAACCAGAGCCUGUACCAGCUGCUGGGCGGCUUCUUCCAGUACUACAGCCAGUUUGACUUCCAGUAUUACAUCGUCUCACCAUUCACUGGACGUCCGAUACAAAGAAACGACUUCUUAAACAUCGACCGAGUUCCUGAAGAGUUCACCGCGUAUAAAAAUAUCGCUUUAAAUAACAGUUCUUGUUGCCAGAUUGAAUUAAACACAGAUCUGUGCAUCCAAAAUAUAUUUAAACAUGUUGCUAACGUUGCGAAUUUAAUCAGUCACGAAGAAGCAUUCAGAAUAUUGUCUCAUAUCAAAUGGGCCGCACAGAUGUAUGAAGAGCUCCCGAGUGAUAGAUUCCUGACAACCAUACUGAACGUGAGACACCGAGUAAUGGAGGGCAACGAGGUUAAUACAACUAUAGAUGGUUCUUAUAAUAACUGCACUGAUGUAAGCGAUAUCCUGUGAACCAACAGACAGAGGACUAUCACUGUAUGGUUAGUUUAGUACGUAAAUAAUAGUAGACUCAACUGACUGAAACAUUACUGCUAACUUAGUAGAUAUCUUCUUAAUAACAGAAACUAUUAUAUUUAAGUGCCUUUUUUUAUCCCACGCAACGCUUGACUCUGUCGAUCCGUGAAUUGUUUACCAUCCAUGUCAUGACGAGUUCUUCAGUGUUUUCUCUCAUUUGAAACUCGAGAGGGAGAGUUUGAAAGAAGCCGAAAAGUAUAAAAACCCAGUGAUGGCCGAAGGUUUAAUCGCUUUACGUUGAAAACUGUCACUAGGCUGCAUCUGGUAGUUGGGA